AGGGGCGGAAAGUGGCGGGAGCUGGUGUCUGAGCCAGAACAGAGCUCAGUUCCCUUCGCUGGGUAAGACGCACAGCCGGGCGCCCCAUCAAUACACGCGGGAGGCAAAAGUGACUGGGAAGAGGAAUGAGCGAAACUUGAUUUAGGUGAACUAUCCAUUUCCCUGUGAACUUUUCUACCCCGCCAACUGCCGCCCUACGGAAUCGACUGCCAAGAUGGCGACGCCCUCGCGUAGGCGGCGAUCGGGACGCUGCCAUGUGUUCCUCGUAAUCGUACGGACUCGGCCAUCUUACGGAAUCAGAUUCCAAGAUGAUGGCGUCCACCAGGGAUUCGUGCACUAGGCGCGGCCAUAUUGCUUUAAGAAGCGAUACCGUACAAGUGGUCACUGUACGGACUCGACCGACAAGGUGGCGGCGCCCUCGAGGUAGGCGCGGCCAUGUUUCCAGCGAACCUAUGGACCAGGCCGCCUUACGGUCUCGAUAGUCAAGAUGGCGGCGCCUGAGAGACGCUCGGGUUUUAGGCGGGCUUGUCCGCGGUAUAUCCGACGCACCGGGCCUGCGCAGUAAGUGUACGGUGUCCCGGAGGCGCGCCAGAAGCGGAAGUAGUUGUGGGCGCCUUGCAACGGCCGGGGACGCCACCGAGUGGCCUGUGUAGGUUCGCGGGUCGCUGGCGGGGUUCGUGAGGGGGUGCGCCGGGAGCGGAGAGAUGCAUCUGGGAGUUCUGUGAUGUGCCAUCAUUAUGGGCGUCCCUAAUGAGGGGGAUGGUUCGGACCCAGAGCCUCCAGAUGCCGGGGAGGACAGCAAAUCAGAGAAUGGGGAGAAUGCACCUAUCUACUGCAUCUGCCGAAAGCCGGACAUCAACUGCUUCAUGAUCGGGUGUGACAACUGCAAUGAGUGGUUCCAUGGGGACUGCAUCCGCAUCACUGAGAAGAUGGCCAAGGCCAUCCGGGAGUGGUACUGUCGAGAGUGCCGAGAGAAAGACCCCAAGCUGGAGAUCCGCUAUCGGCACAAGAAAUCACGGGAGAGAGACAGCAAUGAGCGAGACGGCAGUGAGCCCCGGGAUGAGGGUGGAGGGCGUAAGAGGCCUGCUCCGGAUCCAGAACUGCAGCGCCGGGCGGGUUCAGGGACAGGGGUUGGGGCCAUGCUUGCUCGGGGCUCUGCUUCGCCCCACAAAUCCUCUCCACAGCCUUUGGUGGCCACACCCAGCCAGCAUCACCAGCAACAGCAGCAGCAGAUCAAACGGUCAGCCCGCAUGUGUGGCGAGUGUGAAGCCUGCCGGCGCACUGAGGACUGUGGCCACUGCGACUUCUGCCGGGACAUGAAGAAGUUUGGGGGCCCCAACAAGAUCCGGCAGAAGUGCCGGCUACGUCAGUGCCAGCUGCGGGCCCGGGAAUCCUACAAGUACUUCCCUUCCUCGCUCUCGCCGGUGACGCCCUCAGAGUCCCUGCCAAGGCCCCGGCGGCCACUGCCCACCCAGCAGCAGCCACAGCCAUCACAGAAGCUGGGGCGCAUCCGUGAGGACGAGGGGUCAGUGGCGUCAUCGGCAGUCAAGGAGCCACCUGAGGCUACCGCCACACCUGAGCCACUCUCAGAUGAGGACCUCCCGCUGGACCCUGACCUAUACCAGGACUUCUGUGCGGGGGCCUUUGAUGACCACGGCCUGUCCUGGAUGAGUGACGCAGAGGAGUCCCCGUUCCUGGACCCUGCGCUGCGGAAGAGGGCGGUGAAAGUGAAGCAUGUGAAGCGUCGGGAGAAGAAGUCUGAGAAGAAGGUGAUGGAGAGGAAGGAGGAGAGAUACAAGCGGCAUCGACAGAAACAGAAGCACAAAGACAAAUGGAAACACCCGGAGCGUGCUGAUGUGAAGGACCCUGCAUCCCUACCGCAGUGCCUGGGGCCUGGCUGUGUGCGCCCUGCCCAGCCCGGCUCCAAGUAUUGCUCAGAUGACUGUGGGAUGAAGUUGGCAGCCAACCGCAUCUAUGAGAUCCUCCCUCAGCGCAUCCAGCAGUGGCAGCAGAGCCCCUGCAUUGCUGAGGAGCACGGCAAGAAGCUGCUUGAACGCAUUCGCCGUGAACAACAGAGCGCCCGCACUCGCCUGCAGGAAAUGGAGCGCCGAUUCCAUGAGCUUGAGGCCAUCAUAGUGCGUGCCAAGCAGCAAGCUGUGCGUGAGGAUGAGGAGAGCAAUGAGGGUGACAGCGAUGACACAGACUUGCAGAUCUUCUGCGUCUCCUGCGGGCACCCCAUCAACCCACGUGUUGCCUUGCGCCAUAUGGAGCGCUGCUAUGCCAAGUAUGAAAGCCAGACGUCCUUUGGGUCCAUGUACCCCACGCGCAUUGAGGGGGCCACACGACUCUUCUGUGAUGUCUACAACCCUCAGAGCAAGACGUACUGUAAGCGGCUCCAGGUGCUGUGCCCUGAGCACUCACGAGACCCCAAAGUGCCAGCCGACGAGGUAUGCGGGUGUCCCCUUGUUCGUGACGUAUUUGAGCUCACCGGUGACUUCUGCCGCCUGCCCAAGCGCCAGUGCAACCGCCACUACUGCUGGGAGAAGCUGCGGCGUGCUGAAGUGGACCUGGAGCGUGUGCGCGUGUGGUAUAAGCUAGACGAGCUAUUUGAGCAAGAGCGCAAUGUCCGCACGGCCAUGACAAACCGGGCAGGAUUGCUGGCCCUGAUGCUGCACCAAACCAUCCAGCACGAUCCACUUACUACCGACCUGCGCUCCAGUGCUGAUCGCUGAGCCUCACCAGCCCAGAGGGCCUCACACCCUGCGUUCCAGGCAGGGGAACUGUCCUGAAUCAGCUGUUUGUUCUGCCAUUCAUCUGUUUCUCCAGUUGUCCCUGAGUUUCUCCCCAUGUCCAUCCACCAUUUGACUGCCCAUCUGCCCUUGACAGAGGGCCUCAGAAUUUCCUCCUGUUCUCGUCUACCUCUCCAUUUCUCCAUUUCUGUGCCUGGGUGCGACUGCGGAGUCAGUUCACCCUUGCCUCCCCUCUCCCUGGUUUUGUUAAUAAAAUUUUGAAGAA